GUCUAGGGGCUAUAUAUACUUGGUACUUGGCAUGCAUUCAUGCAUCUAUCUAUCUAUCAGAUCACAACAUGGCUAGGCUUAACCACUUCAUUAUUCUUGUGAUUUUCUUCAUUUUCUCAUCGACAACUUAUGCUAGAAAACUCUACUCAAAUCCAUCAUCAUCUUCCAAUAAUUCUUCCGCUCAAAUAAUUCGUCACGCUUGUCAUCCUUCAAGAUUCUCGAACCUCGGACUGGACAUGAAAAGAUUCGGGUUUUGCAACAAAUCUCUGCCGUACGAGGUUAGAGUUAAGGAUUUAGUGGACAGGAUGACGUUAGCAGAGAAAGUGCGGCAGCUCGGGGACAAAGCCCAAGGGGUUGAGCGGAUCGGGCUGCCGAGCUACAACUGGUGGUCGGAGGCUUUACACGGGGUUUCCGACAUCGGGGACGGCGCCACCCAGUUCUCCGAGGACGGCGUCCCGGGCGCGACGAGCUUCCCGAUGGUGAUCACGACGGCGGCGUCGUUCAACGAGUCGCUGUGGCGGCGGGUCGGCGAGGCGGUGUCGAGCGAGGCGAGGGCGAUGCACAAUCUGGGGCAUGCGGGUCUGACGUAUUGGAGCCCCAACAUUAACCCGGUGAGGGACCCGCGGUGGGGGAGAGCGCUGGAGACGCCCGGGGAAGACCCCUUCGUGGUCGGGAAAUACGCCGUUAACUUCGUUAGGGGUUUGCAGGACGUUGAAGGGAGUAGUGGUAAUGCCACUACGGACUUGAACGCUAGGCCUCUUAAAGUGGCGGCUUGUUGCAAGCACUAUGCUGCUUAUGAUGUUGAUAAUUGGAAAGGCGUUACCCGCGAACAUUUUGACUCCAGAGUGACUGAACAAGAUAUGCUGGAGACAUUUUUGAAGCCAUUUGAAAUGUGUGUGAAAGAUGGCGAUGUUGCAAGUGUUAUGUGCUCUUACAAUAGGGUUAAUGGCAUCCCUACAUGUGCUGAUCCAAAGCUCCUGAAAGACACCAUUAGAGGAGAAUGGGACCUUCAUGGAUAUAUAGUUUCGGACUGUGAUUCUAUUGAUGUAAUGGUGAAUGAUCACAAGUGGCUAAGUGACCAACCAGAAGAUGCUGUUGCACAAACACUCAAGGCAGGUUUGGAUUUGGAUUGUGGGGAAUUCUACACAAACUAUACAAGUGGUGCAGUGGUGCAAGGGAAAGUGAGGGAGGCAGAAAUUGACAAGGCUCUGAAGAACCUGUACACAGUGUUAAUGAGGUUAGGGUUCUUUGAUGGAAGCCCUAAGUUUGAAAAGCUUGGAAAGAAUGAUAUAUGCUCAAAAGAGAACAUUGAGUUGGCCACAGAAGCAGCAAGAGAGGGGAUUGUUCUUCUCAAGAAUGACAACACUGCUUUACCUUUCAACCCUCAAAACAUCAAAACCCUAGCUGUUGUUGGACCCCAUGCAAAUGCAACCGAGGUCAUGAUUGGCAAUUACAAGGGUGUGCCAUGCAACUAUACAUCACCAGUGGACGGAUUUUCAGUGUACACUAAAGUGGACUUUCAAAUGGGAUGCGCAGAUGUAAUAUGCAAGAACGACAGCUUGAUUUUCCCGGCGAUGAGGGCGGCGGAGAAGGCUGACGCCACCGUGAUUCUUGCAGGGCUAGACUUGACCGUGGAGGCGGAAAGCUUGGACAGGGAGGACCUUCUUCUCCCGGGCUUCCAAACGCAGCUCAUCAACCAAGUCGCCUCCGCCGCCAAAGGCCCAGUAAUCCUCGUCCUCAUGAGCGCCGGCGGCGUAGACAUCUCCUUCGCCAAGGACAACAACAACAUCCCGGCCAUCCUCUGGGCCGGAUACCCCGGCGAAGAAGGCGGCCGAGCCAUCGCCGAGGUUAUUUUCGGGAAAUACACCCCCGGAGGAAAACUGCCCUUAACGUGGCACAAUAACAGCUACGUAGACGCCCUGCCGAUGACCUCCAUGCCCUUAAGGCCCCUCCAUCAAUUAGGCUAUCCAGGAAGGACCUACAAGUUCUUCAACGGCGACACGGUCUACCCGUUCGGCCACGGCCUCAGCUACACAAAUUUCACCUACAAAAUCACCUCCCCGCCGACCCAACUCGACGUUAAACUCAACAAAUUCCAGCACUGCCGGAAUCUCAACUACACCGCCGCCGGCGCGUCGUCCCGCAACGACUGCCCGGCGCUCCUGAUAGAAGACUUGAACUGCACCGAUAGCCACCGGGUAAAGUUCGGGGUGGAGGUUACGAAUGUGGGGAAAGUGAGCGGGAGCGAGGUGGUGAUGGUGUACUGGGUCCCGCCGGCGAAGAUCGCCGGAGCGCCGUUGAAACAGUUGAUAGGGUUCAAGAAGGUGAUGGUGGGUGCUGGGAAGACUGAAAAAGUUGAGUUUUUGGUGGACCCUUGUAAGAGCUUAGGGUUGGUGGACUAUAAGGCUUAUAAUCUGUUGGCUUCUGGUGAGCACAAGAUUAUGCUUGGAGAUCAUGACAAGCCCUCGUUCACUCUUAAGCUUAACUUUGUGCGUACUUAAUUAGUUUGGACACUACCUAGUACCUACUCCACUUGUUUUGUUUUUCUAGAUUAGUUAUUUAGGUUUAGGUCCAUAUUUGGUUGGUUUUAAUAAUAGUUUGAGUUUUAAUA